AUGGCGUUCGAUAAGGCAGUUAAGAGCAGUGCGUACUACAGUCGCUUCCAGACCAAGUACAAGCGCCGCCGCCAAGGCAAGACCGAUUACUACGCUCGCAAGCGUUUGAUCACCCAGGCCAAGAACAAGUACAAUGCGCCCAAGUACCGUCUGGUCGUCCGGUUUACCAACCGCGACAUCAUCAUGCAGAUCGUGACCUCCGAGAUCACCGGCGACAAGGUCUUCGCGGCUGCCUAUUCCCACGAGCUCCGCGCCUACGGCAUCGAGCACGGCCUCACCAACUGGGCUGCCGCCUACUGCACUGGUCUUCUCAUCGCUCGCCGUGUUUUGAAGAAGCUCGGCCUUGACGAGACUUUCACCGGAGUCGAGGAAGCUGAUGGAGAGUACACCCUCACUGAGGCCGCCGAGGAAGAUGGCGAGGAGCGCCGUCCCUUCAAGGCCCACCUCGAUGUCGGUCUUCACCGAACAUCGACUGGUGCCCGCAUCUUCGGUGCCAUGAAGGGUGCUUCUGACGGUGGUAUCCUCAUCCCCCACUCUGAGAACCGAUUCCCCGGCUUCGACAUAGAGUCCAAGGAGCUUGAUGCAGAGACCCUCAAGAAGUACAUCUUUGGCGGUCACGUUGCAGAGUACAUGGAGACUCUGGCUGAUGACGAUGAGGAGCGUUACAAGUCCCAAUUCCAGAAGUACAUCGAUGACGACAUCGAGGCUGACGCUCUGGAGGACCUGUACUCUGAGGCCCACGCCGCCAUCCGCGAGGACCCCUUCAAGAAGUAUGAGAGCGAUGCGCCCAAGAAGAGCAAAGACGAGUGGAAGGCCGAAUCUAAGAAGCACAAGAUGACCAAAUCCACCAAGGAGCAGAAGCUGGAGAGAGUCAAGGCCAAGAUUGCCGAGCUCCGCGACGAAUAA